AUGGGCAGCAUCAUUGGAACCAUGGGGUGCAGCAGUUCUGUAGCUGACAGAAGGUCAGAGAAUGUCAUUAGAGCUGCAAUCCUCAUCCAGAAGUGGUACCGCUUCACCAUGGCCCGCCUGGAGAUGAGGCGCCGCUAUUCUCUCAGCAUCUUUCAGUCAAUCGAAUAUGCUGACGAGCAGGAUCAACUACAGCUAUCCAACUUUUUUACAUUCAUGCUGGAUCAUUGUACUCAUCCUGAUUCAGUUUCUCAAAUUUUUACCAGUCCUAGUGCUCCUCAGGUGGUGGAUGAAGACUUGUGUUUAAAAGAAUUUGAAAAGAAGAUUGAUGUUCCAGACUCCUAUGGUGGACCACGACUCUCAUUCCCCCUUACUGUUGAAGAUGCCAAUGCUCUCCUUCAUGCUUUCAGGAAUGAACAGCUGCUUCAUGCCCGCUAUGUACUGCAGCUGCUAAGUGAAACUAGGAGGGUUCUCAAGGAGAUGCCAAAUAUUACCCAUCUUUCAACUUCCUACUCCAAGGAGAUAACUGUCUGUGGAGAUUUGCAUGGAAACCUGGAUGAUCUUUUGCUGAUAUUCUAUAAGAAUGGUCUGCCUUCAGAACAAAACCGCUAUGUCUUUAAUGGUGAUUUUGUCGACAGAGGGAAAAAUUCUAUGGAAAUACUUAUAAUCCUAUUUGCAUUUCUUCUUAUCUAUCCCAAUGAUUUACACUUGAAUAGAGGAAACCAUGAAGACUACAUCAUGAACCUGAGAUAUGGAUUCACAAAAGAAGUUUCAAAGAAGUACAAGGAUCAUUGGAAACAGAUUUUGUGUCUUCUGCGAGAUGUUUUUAGCUGGCUUCCCCUUGCCACUAUAAUUGAUAGCAAAGUUCUUAUACUACAUGGGGGGAUUUCAGACACGACAGAUUUGGAUUUCCUGAAUGCACUUGAGAGAAAUAAGUUGAAAUCUUUGAUGCGGCCACCAAAGUCAAUGAGAAACAGACAGGACCAAGUGAAGAAGAGAAUUCCCAUGACCAAACCCAGUAAACACAUUGCCAACCAGCAUGUUGCAGGGAAGACACAACACAUCUCCUCAUCGGACUUCACUGAGCCUUCAGGUUCAAAUUUGCCUCCAGACCCCGCCCUGAAGGAAUGGAAACAAAUCCUUGACAUUCUGUGGAGUGAUCCAAGAAGCCAAAAUGGCUGUACACCAAACAAGUGUCGAGGAGGAGGCUGUUACUUUGGUCCUGAUGUCACUGCCAAGCUGUUUGAGAGAUAUAAUCUGAAGAUGCUCAUCAGGUCUCAUGAAUUUAAGCCAGAAGGUUAUGAGAUCAGUCAUGAUGGGAAGGUUAUCACCAUAUUCUCUGCCUCUAACUAUUACGAAGAGGGCAGUAACCGGGGCGCUUACAUCAAGCUGAAUCCCGAGCUGACCCCUCGCUUUGUGCAGUACCAGGUCAGCAAGCUCACGCGCAGGCAGAAUCUCCGGGAGAGGGUAGGUACAAUUGAAUCAUCUGCCUUAAAGUCCUUACGAGAGAAGAUUUAUGCACACAGGUCUGAACUCAUCAGUGCUUUUGCACAAUACGACGUCAGUGGCACAGGCAGGAUUUCUGUCAACGACUGGGCUGCAGCCAUGGAGUCUGUCCUACAGCUGGAACUGCCCUGGAGGAUGCUGCGGUCUCAGCUAGCACAGAUGAACCCAGAUGGAGAAGUUGACUUCAUGUCAUGUUUUUAUGAUUUGAAAAUGGGUCAACCUAUAAAAGAGGCUCAGCCAGCUUUGGCAGAAACACUGUGCAGAUACAGAAAGGAUCUGGAGAUCAUCUUUAACAUCAUUGACAAAGAUCACUCAGGUUUGAUUUCUCUUGAGGAAUUCAGCCAGACAUGGAGACUGUUCACUUCUCACCUGGGCAUUGAUAUACAGGAUGACUCCAUUGACAAGUUAGUCCUCAGCAUAGAUUACAACAAAGAUGGCCACAUUGACUUCAAUGAAUUUUUAGAGGCAUUUCACGUUGUUCACAGACUUGAGAAAAAGGCAACCUCAUGA